GCGGCGGUGUUGUCGUGGUAACGGGACGCCGCGGCAUGGAGCAGGAGAGCGGCCCGGGGCCGGCGGGAGGUGCGGGGGAGCGGCCCGGGGCCGAAUACUCACCUGAGUCAAAGAAGUUGGUACAGAUUUCCAUGUCACUGGUUGCUGAGCGAAAUUUGCAACUGCGUGCCGAGGAACACAGACUGGAAGAUAUAAAAGAAGCUCUCGCAAAGCUGAUGACUGUUCGAUUAGACCGAGAGAAUAUCAACACCCUGGGAAAUUUUGAGUGCAUGGAAAAUGUCUGCAGUCUUUACCUUCAGCAGAAUCAAAUUAAGAAGAUAGAAAAUUUAGAAUUGUUUCACAAUUUAAGAUUUUUGACACUGGCUGGCAACAGAAUCCAGAAGGUGGAAAAUCUUAAAUGCUUACAGAAGUUGGGAUUCUUAGACCUCUCGAAUAAUCAGAUUGAACAACUGGAUCCAGGUGAAUUUCCAGAACGUCUCAUAAUUCUGAAUAUGUCAGGCAAUGGCUGCACAAAACAGGAAGAGUAUAGGGAGCAGGUGAUACAGACGCUUCCUGCCCUGCAGCAGCUUGAUGGUAUCCUUAUCCAAAGGAAGGAAGAUCCAAUUGAAGCUGAUGAAGGUGGAGAUAUUCAUGAUUUAGAUGGUUCUGAAAACGAGGAGGAUUCCGAUGAACUGUACGACACUGAGUCUGAGAAGAAGGAUUCACUACCUAACAUCUUCACUUCACCGGAAAAAGUAAAAGAUUUCUUUGCUGAGCUUCACAACGAAAUGGUAUUUCGAUCUCAAGAGCGAAGGAAGGAAGUUGAAAAAGACCACAAAACUAGGCUGAAUGAACUGCAGGAGAUCCGUAACCAGUUAGCUCGAAUACGAUGCGAACCAAUAAGAAUGAACAAGAUUUCUAAUUAUCCAAAGAAUGAUCCAAAUUUUGGUUUGCGAGAAGCUGGACAAAAUGAAGAACGUGCUGCCCAGACUGAAAUCUUGGAUUGAUGGUCCAGGGCAGUUGUCACAGGGCGAACUGAGGAAUUAGUUCAAGCAGUUCAACUACAUCAGCUGCAAGGAUUCAUUUUUAUCCAGUUCAACCAUAAGUCAAAAGAGCAUUGACCUGAUAAUAUUUAAAAGACCAGUUAAGAACAGAGAAGCAGAACAAACUUCUCAUUAAAGGAGUAGGACAUUUUAUUUAGCUGAAAUUAAAACUAAAAAAUAAACUUGAUUCCUUCAUUCCCCCUCCCCCCAUUUCCUUUGCCUCAUUUGGUAAACCUUCUGAGUAUUGUAUAACUAAUCCCAUGUUCAUUCUAUAGGUGGAGU